AUGAACAGAAUGAAUGAUUUAGAUAUCGAAGAAUAUAACAGGAAUAUAAUACAAGAACUUAAUGAAGCCGCUGAAGAAGGUGAAUAUCCGUUGUCUAUGUUUUUACAUGACCUUAUAGAAAUAGACAUGGAAUCAAAUUUUAGUUAUAAAUAUAUGAUUAUAAAUAGAUUAGUUGAAAUAUGUAUAAAUUCUAUUAAUAAGAAAAUGUUUUUUUUAGCUGAUGAGUGCAUGUAUUUUAUGCGUUAUUGUAUAGAUAAAUGUAUAAAUUUAAAAGAUGAGAUAAUUAAGAAUAGUUCCUUUUUUAAUAAUAUAAAUAUUAUAAUAGACAUAUGUUCAAAAGAAAAGGUUUAUAAUAAUGAUAAUUUGUAUAUUUUUGAAAAAACAUUUUUUUUUUUUAUUCUUGAUUUAAAUAAUAAUAUGGAUGAUUUUAUUAAUUUAUGGAAAAUAUAUAAAAAUGAAUUGAUACAUUUUUAUACUACUUUAAUAUAUAUCAUAUCAAUAACUAUAUCUGAAUUUUAUGUUAUAUUAAAUAAUAUAAAAGGAGAAGAUAAUGUUGAUAUAGAUUAUAUACAUAUUGGUUGUGAAUUAAUAAAGUUAAUAGAAAUAUGUUUAGAUUUGUCUCUUGUCAUAUUUAAUAAUAUAGACGAGAUAGAAAAUAUUGAUAUAUUAGAAAAUCAUAUUAAUGUUAUGAUUAAAAAUUUUCAUGAUAUACCUGACAUCGAAAUAAAAAGAAAAAUCAUGUUAAUGAUGAAAGCUAUACUUAAAAAAAAAAAUAUAUGUGACAAAGAAUGGAAUGAAGAAAUUAAUAAUUUUAAUAUAAAAUAUAAUUUGUUAAAUAAUGUAUCAAAUAAGCAAAAAUAUAAAAACAAGAAAAAUAAGAAGAAAAAUAAGAAUAAUGAUUAUUAUAAUUAUUUAAAUAUAACAAAAGAUAAAAAACAUAUAAAUAUAAAUUAUUUAAAAACUAAUUCUUAUAUAUAUAUAAACAAUUGUUAUCUUUUUCUUAAUACAUAUAAUGAAAAUCUUAACGAUAUAACAAUGAAUACAUCACCAAGUAGAUGGAACAAAAUAAAGUUAUCAUCAUGGGGAUAUAAAGGAUCGUUGUUAAUAAAUUUCUUCUAUUCUUAUUUUUAUAAUACUAAACAUAAAUUAUUAGUAGUUAUCUCAUAUGAUAAUAUGAAAAUAAGAUCUGAUCCCAAUUACAAAUCUGUAUUUUUCUAUUUCAAAAAGGAAGAAAUAUCGGGUGUGCUGUCCAACAAACUGAGGAAUACUUUUAAAGAUAAAUUUUUGGAUAAUCUUGAAAUAUGUAUUAAACUAAACUCAAAAGAUAUAUGUAACAAUGUACAUGAACUUAUGAUGUGUCGUAUUAAUAAAGAAAAGCUUAGUGUCGAUGAAAAACAUAAAAAGAAGGAACUAUAUUAUAUUGAUGAAGAACAUAAUUUACCAGAAGAUACGUUUAAUAAUACUAUGGAAAAUGUUGAUAAUAUGGAUAAUGAUCAAAUUUGUGAAAAUGAUGUUAAGGAUAAUAUGGAAGAGAUAUUUCAAAAUAAACAGAAUAAACAAAAUAAUCAUAUAUAUUUUAAUAAUUUAGGAAGAAAUCAUAUCUCCUUAAUUAAUACUAAUAAUUUAAAAAAUGAAGAAAAGUUAGAACGAAGAAAAGUUAGUUUUGCAAGUACAAAAGAAUUGUGUUUAUUGAAUGAUGAUAUUUCUGUAGAAACCAAAACAAUGUUAUUAGAAGAAUCAAUAUUAAAGCAUGUCCAUUCCAAAUAUAAUAAUAAAUGCAUGAACAGUAAUAUUAUAUAUGAUAAACAUCAAAGUAUACAUUAUGAUAACAAUAAAAAAAGUUUAAGGGAAAAUUCUGGAAGUAUGAGAAAUGAAAAUUUAUUAUUUAUUCAUGACAAUCAUAAAAAGGAAAAGGUAGAACCUAUCAAAAUUAGUUACGCAACUACACGAGAUUUAAUUGGGAAAAAAGAAUGUUUGAAAGGAAAAUUAGAAGUAGAAAAUAAUGAUGUAAAAGAUGAUGAAAAAGGGGAUAAUAAUAAUGUAAAAGAUGAUAAAAAAGGGGAUAAUAAUAAUGUAAAAGAUGAUAAAAAAGGGGAUAAUAAUAAUGUAAAAGAUGAUGAGAAAGGGGAUAAUAAUAAUGAUGUAAAAGAUGAAGAAAAAAGGGAUAAUAAUAAUAAUGUAAAAGAUGAUGAAAAUGAUAACAUGGACAAUGUAAAAAGAGUAUAUAAUAACGAUAUCAAAGAGACAACAUUAAAUUAUAAGAACCUUUUGGUUAAUCAUGUAAUUGCUAAGGGUAAACAAAUAAAUAAUGAUAAAAAUAGAAAUGAAGAUUAUUAUACAUAUAAAGAUAAUACAGAAAAAAAAAACGAGAAGGAACAUAUGCUGAACAAUUAUAUUCAUGAUAAAGAAAAAAUGAAAAUAAUAGAUAAUGAGGAUAAUACAAAUAAUAAAGAAGAUACACCUAUAAAUAUAUAUAAAAAAAAAAAUGAUAAUAUUUAUAUAUCAAAGGAAUGUAUUACAAAUAAUAAUAAUAAUAAUAAUAAUAAUAAUAAUGACAAUAAUGAAAAUAAUGAAAAUAAUGAAAAUAAUGAAAAUAAUGAAAAUAAUAGUUAUUAUAAUAAUGAAGGAGAAAAAAAUACAUACAAUCAAAACAUAUCAAACCAUUUACAAAAUAAAGAUAAAAAGAAAUAUACCAAUUCCAUAGAAAAUGAAGCAUUAAUAAAAAAUAAUAUAAAAAAUGAUGAAAAAUAUAUAAAUUAUCAAAAUUAUAAAGAAAGAAAAAUAUUACAUCAUAAAAAUAAUAUGAUAAACAAAAAUGAUAUAGAAUCAACUCCUCAAUUACAAAUGUCAUAUAUUUUAAAUAAUUCACAAAAUAACUAUUCUAUUAAUAAAGACAAUAUUAUAAAAUCGCCAAUUGAAAUUGUUCGGAAAUUAUUGAACUUUGAUGAGAAGCAAAAAAAUAUUGAGGAAUGUAUAGAGAACAUAAAUAAUAAUAAUAAUAAUAUAAAUGAUAAAUACCCAAAAGAAAAAAAUAAAUUAAAGGAAGAUCAAAUAAAGCAUCUUAAAUAUGAUGAUAUGAAUAGUAUGCCUAAUGAUAAUGACAAUGUUCAUCAUAAUUUAAAUAAUUUGUGUAUGAUAAGUAAAGAAGAAAAUAUCAUAACAAAAAAAAAUACAACAGAAAAAUACUGUAAUAUUUUUAAGAAUAUUAAUAAUAAAAUAAAUUGCAAUAAUAACGAGGACAACUAUUUAAUAAAUAGAAGAAAUGAAAAGAAGGAGAAAUCUAAAAUUAAUAAAAAUAAAAAUAAUUAUAAUAAAGAAUAUAAUGAUGAAGAAAAAAAAGACAAAGAUCAUAUAAAUCAUAACAUAAGUGAUGAUAAUUUUAUAAUGAAAAAUAAUAAUAUAAAAAAUGUGGAAGGAAAUCAAAACAGACAAGAUGUAGUAGUAGAUGUUGGUAAUAUUAUAUCAAUUAAUAAUAAAGAUGAAAUACAUGAACAUGAUACUCCAAGAAAAAAAAAACAAAAAAAAAAAUUUAAAAACAUUAAUUUAGAUAAUACUUCAAAUGAAUAUUCACAAAUUGUAAAUAUAUCAGGUUAUGAUGAUGAGCCUAGUAAUGAAUUAAUUUUUAAACUUGAAAGUAAUGUUGUAUCACCAUGUAAUAUUGAUAAAAGUUGUUUAAGUAGUAAGAGCAAAAAAAGAAUAUCUACAACGAUGAUAAAUAAUACCACACCUAACAAUAAUAAUAAUAAUAAUAAUAAUAUUAAUAUUAAUAAUAAUAAUAAUAAUAUUUAUAAGGAUAAUUGUAAUUAUUAUAAUAAUACAUACUGUAAAGAAACAAACGAUACUUAUUCAAAAAAUCCUAUAGAUUCACCUUAUCCUAUUAAAAAAGUGAAAUACAAUUAUUAUUAUGAUUCUAAACUAUUUGAACUAUUAAAAAAAGAAGAUAAUUUAGAAAAACUGUCAGCCAAAUAUUUAAUAAGAGCCUACACAUUAAUUCAAUAUAAUAAAAGAUAUGUACAUAUUCAAAUCAUUGAUUAUUUUAGAUACAUUAAAAAAGAAAUUCUCUUAUCAUAUGAUAACAUUAAUAUAAAAUAUAAUAAAUUAUUAAAUCAUAUACAAUCACAACAUGAUAACAAAUUACAAAAUAUAUUAAUAAAAUAUUAUAAACAUUUAAAGGAACAUACUAACCAAAAAAAAAAUUUAAAUCUUAAUAAAAAUAUUCCAAAAUCUAUCAAUAGAAACAUAAUAAAAAUUAAAAUUAAAUCCUUAUAUGAUACACUUAACAUAGUUCAAAGAACUAUGAAAGAUAAAAUAUUAAAUUCAACAAUUAUGCUUAAUUAUAAACAAAGUGAUAUUUAUACUCCAUCCUUUUCUUUAGGAACUAUAAUAUCAAAAUAUUCCAUAUAA